AUGCGCGAGAAAAUCCAACAGCUCGACAUCGAAGGCCGACACGGCCACGAUGCUAUCUUUGAGGCCUCGUAUCUGAACGACAUCCCCACUGCCUUGGCCGAGUGGAAUGCAUCGCGCGUCCUUCUCGUCGUCAGCACCAGCCUCGACACGAAGUCCUCGGUCAUCCACGCCCUCGAGCAGCACCUUUCAAAUUACCAGGUCUACAAGAAAGUCGGAGUGGGCAGUCACUCCCCGUACAGUGACAUCAUUGACAUCGCACACAGAGUCCAGGAAAAUGACAUCCAAGCCGUGGUAUCCAUUGGCUCCGGAUCUUAUUCCGACGCAUGCAAGAUCGCCGUGAUGUUGAGUGCUACGCUCCCCGCGGGAUUCGGGGCGGACGACAUGGAAGCCCUGGUGGACCAGGAGCGAGGCCUGGCUGGACCGGACACCGUCAGAGCGCCCGUGGCCAAGUUGAUCUGUGUGCCAACAAGCCUCAGUGCGGGUGAGUGGAAUGCCUACGCGAGCGGGACAAACGCGCAAGGAAAGAAGCAGCAUUUUAUGCAUCCGAAGGGCGCCCCGUCAUUGAUCCUGAUGGAUCCCACGGUCGCACGAACCACCCCGUCGCAUCUGUGGCUGGCGUCGGGCAUGCGUGCCGUCGACCACUUCGUGGAGAGCCUGUGCAGCGGAAAGUGUCAUGAAGAGGCUGAGGCGCAUAUUAAAAAGGGGCUACCGCUUUUGGUGCGAGGAUUGAAGGAGUACCGCGACGGACAGGAGGACGGCAAGGAGGACGAGCUGCUCAAAGGCAUCGCAGAGAGUCAGCGUGGGUCGAGGGAUGCUUUGAUCCCUUUCAUCAAAUGGAAGAUCCCCAUGGGGGCGAGUCAUGCGAUUGGUCAUCAGCUGGGAAGCGUUGCAGGUGUUCAGCAUGGGGUGACGAGCUGCAUCCUGCUGCCCCCAACGCUACAAUUCACAGUCGAUAAGACCAAAAGGGCGCAGCAGGCGAUCCUUCAGAUCUUCAACGAGGUGCUUGGGAUGCAAGAGACAGAGGCCGCUGAUGUCGUCCAUCGAUUCGUCAAGCUGCUCGGUCUGCCAUCGCGGCUCUCGGAAGUCAACGUCACGCAGGAGGAACAGUUGCACAAGAUCGCUGAACUGACGCUAACUGACGCUCUAGCGCACAAUAAGGCGCUACCCGACAAGGAGGGGAUCCUUCAGAUCCUGGACAUGGCUCGAUGAAAGUGAGACCCGUGUGGUUAGUGUAGGUAGUUAUUAAGAGGAGGGGGGAAGAUGCCGCGAAUUCUCGCGAAUCCGAUGUUGACGCGUCGCCAUUCCUGAUUUGGGUUAGCCUGACAAGCCACCCAGCCAUGACAUCAUAGAUUCUAGAGUCGGGCGAUGCAAGUCAUAUAUAAAUCUGCAUCAGAGUUGAUGCGCUCGUGCU